AUGUGGCGAUGUGAGCAGAUUCGACGACGGUACGGGGCCGACGUGUACGUCCAGGUCCGCUUCAAGAGCAAGUCCUAUGAGUACACGUCUUCCAAUGAGCACAAUUUCCCCAGAUCUCGUGCAGAACUGAACAGGGACAGCGAUGGCGACAUUGGCGAGCCUUCAGGUACCCCAACUUGCGGCAGCGGCCGCACCUCGAACUCGUGCCCGCUGACCAGAUGGCCUGGCGUUCUCCUAGACACUAGGUAG